AAACCCCUCCGGCCCCCCCAGGCGCCAGUCCCGUCCCCGCUCCGUGCCGAUGCCGCUGGGGCUCGGCCGCCGCAAGAAGCCGCCGCCGCUGGUGGAGAACGAGGAGGGGGCCGGGGGGCGCGGGGGGGCCCCGGGGGAGCCCGGGGGGGCCCCGGGGGGGGUCCCGGGGGCGGCGCCCCCCCCGCAGCCGCUGCGGCCCCGCCUGGUGUUCCACACGCAGCUGGCGCACGGCAGCGCCACCGGCCGCGUGGAGGGGUUCGGCAACGUGCGGGAGCUGUACGGGAAAAUCGGGGAGGCGUUCGGGAUUCCCCCCAGCGAGGUGCUGUUCUGCACGCUGAACACGCCCCAGGUGGACAUGGAGAAGCUGCUGGGGGGGCAGAUCGGGCUCGAGGAUUUCAUCUUCGCGCACACGCGCGGCCGCCAGAAGGACGUGCAGGUGCUGAAGUCUGAGGAGGCGCUGGGGCUCACCAUCACCGACAAUGGAGCAGGAUACGCCUUCAUCAAGCGGAUCCGGGAGGGCUCGGUGAUGGCGCGACUGGCGGGUGGGCGGGGGGACGUGCUGGAGGCGCUGGACGGGCGCAGCCUGGGCAGCGCACUUCGAGGGGGACUGGACGGGGUCGGGCCCCGCUCCGGGGGGGUCUCAGCCCGGGGGGGGCCCCCCCAGGGCUUCUCGGGCCGGGGGACGCUGAGGCUGCGCUCGAGGGGCCCAGCCACGCUGCAGGAGCAGCCGUCGGCGUUCGAGGAGCGCGCCGUGGCCAAGGUGGACGAUCUGCUGGAGAGCUACAUGGGCAUCCGGGACAGCGAGCUGGCGGCCACCAUGGUGGAGCUGGGCCGCGACGCGCGUGACCCCGACGCUCUGGCCGAGGCUCUGGACGCUCAGCUCGGCGACUUCGCCUUCCCCGACGAGUUCGUGUUCGACGUCUGGGGCGCCAUCGGCGACGCCAAGGCCGGGCGCUGCUGAGCCCCCGAAACUGGGACCCCAAAACACCUGGGGGGGACCCCAAAAACACCUGGGGGGGACCCCAAAAACACUGGGACCCCCAAAACACUGGGACCCCAAAAACACCUGGGGGGGAC